CACAUAACCAUUCAUUCCAUGCAGCUUUGGUCAAUUCUUCCUUGAUCAUAGCCAUCCUUCAGUUUCUGUGGUCAUUAAGACUCGAUAUAUUACAUUGUCUUCACCGCCGACGAUCGAUCUUAGCGUGUAAUUUCCAAUACCAGUAACCACUUAACAUGUCGACCUCAACCGCACUCUUCGAGAUUCCUAUCUCGCCCAUCGACAACCACCCAGGAGGCUCCAUCGUCUGCACUACACCACGGCCCCGUGUCUACCUUCUCACCUUCUCAUCCCCGCCCGACAACCGCCUUACCACGCCCUUUUGCCAUGCCUUCCUCUCGGCCCUCGACGUCAUCGAGCACGCCCACCCGCACGGUGUCGUGAUCACCACCUCGGCCAUCUCCAAGUUCUACUCCAACGGCCUGGACCUCGCCCACGCAACCGAGGCCGAGAACUUCUGGUCCGGCGCCCUCUACCCUCUCUUCCGCCGCCUGCUCACCUACCCCCUUCCCACCGUCGCCCUGAUCAACGGCCACGCCUUCGCCGGCGGCCUCAUGACGGCCAUGCACCACGACUACCGCGUCAUGAACCCAUCGCGCGGCUUCGUCUGCAUGAACGAGGUCAUCUUCGGCGCCCCGCUGAAACCCCCUAUGGCGGCCAUCUUCCGCGCGAAAUGCGACGCCGCCACCUUCCGCGACGUCGUGCUCGAGGGGAAGCGCUACGGCGGUCCUGCGGCUCGCGAUGCCGGCCUCGUGGAUGCCGUGGGAGGACUCGAUGAGGCGCUGGACCUGAUUCAGUCCCGUAACCUCGUCGACAUGGCCAAGUCCGGCGUCUAUGGCCUGCUGAAGAUGGAGAUGUGGCGGGAGUUGUUGGCCUUGCUUGAGACAACGCCCGAGGGUCACGCAGUGCAGGAGGCGGACUGGUCGAGGAGGGCACAAGAGGAGGACCAGAGGGCCGAGAAGGGGAAACGAUUUGUGGAGAAGUGGCAGAAGGCCAGUAAAGCGAAGUUGUGAAAUGUUCAUUCUCUUUUCGUUCCUUUUUUUCUUUUCUUUUAUUACCUCCAUGGUCGACAGGCAACAUAAUGAGCAAUCCUGUUGUUGCCCGUAGUUCCCUACGCCACCACCAAGCCAAUAGAGGCCCUGAAGGACAUGCGAACACUCUUUAUAAUACACCAACGAGUCACUGGAGUAGUUGUACUCUUUGCACUGCCGGAAGAGCAUCAAGUGACACUAUUGUCUUGUAGUGGACACACUCUGGAAGACCCA